ACAGAACUAAAUACCCGUCCCGUUAGAGGAUUUCCCCGAUGGAAUGCGAUGCGGAAAAUCUGUCAACAAAUUCUUUCGUUUUGCAACGUGUUAAUCUUCGGAAUCGCGCUUUCAUCGUCGGUAGAUUUGUUGUUAGUUGUCGGUCUGAAUUCUGGUUCGGUUCGUUACAGGAUGCUUUAGCACCAUAUAAAGUGAUCGAACUGGUAACGAAAAGCGGUUGAGAGUAUGCAGAAGAGAUGAACAUCACAACGGGUAGCAGUUACGAGCAACGGUGCAUCAGGUGGUUAGAACGGAUAGACCGUGCCGACGGAAUCACUGCGGUGCUGCAAACAUGUCAGGACAUUUUUAAUCCGACCGAUCGGUGUCGGACAAUCGAAGAUGAUUCCAUAGAAAUCGUUCCUGGGUCAUCGGAAUGGGGAACGAGACUGUUUCUGAACAACGAGCUUCUGGGUCGACUCCGGACGAUUGCGGAGAGUCCCAAAAGCACCUUCAUUCAGAGGAGGAUGAUUGCAAAAACCAUGUUUAAAAUUUACGCCCAGAACUAUCGCUAUUGCCGAUCGGUUUUCCCAGUGGGCGGGGUGCUAUCGAGUGGAAUCGUGCCAGCAGACGAGGCGGUUGCAAUUUAUGGGAUGGUCUAUUCGGGAUUUUUUACCCUGCAUGGUUCGGAAGAUCUAACCGGAGUGGUCAGGAGAAACUUUGACCUGUUUCAGGCUAUGGGAUGUUACAGCCGGUACUUUAUAACGGUGGGUGAAAAUCUGCUGACUCUGCAAAGGAUGGAUCAACAUGAUCGAGUGUUUGCCGAAAGGCAGGAAAAAAUCUGGCACGUGGUGCUGCUCAAUUUAGAAUCUCCUUACCGGGGUGUUAGGGACUGCAUGCUAACCAUUCUGAAACAGUUGAUCAGCGAUCAUAAGUUUGUGCGAUCGGUUGUGCUGCCGGCCGCACUGCACUGGAGCUGGCUAAAUCGGAACAAAUUUCACGUCUUGCUGGCUCUGCUAAGCCGGUAUCAACUGAACAAGCUGGACGAACUCGCUGGCGAGCGAAUUGAUGUCUAUGCGGCACUGGAACUUUCCCUACACUACAAGCAUCUGUUUUCGGGAAGUCAAGGAAUCGCUAGGAUGCUACACAAACAGCAGGAAGAAGAGAUUUUCGAGCUGGAAGUGAGAAUUUUGCAACGAGGCAGUAUUGAUUUGGUUCGCAGUAUGAUCAAGCAGUGGUUCUCCAAUUUGACGCCGGGGGAUUUUAGGAAACUGUUUCUUAUGAUGGAUUUGGACCAGUUGAGGGUGGGGGAAAACAGAAAGCUGAUGCCCGAGUACUUAAAGAAGGAUCGUUUCGUGAAAUUUUUCCAGUACAUGAAUCUGUUUCGACGGGAGUUUCAGUCCUGUAAGGAUUUGAAUAUUCUGCUGGUUUUAAUGCUUCAAAUUACCACCGAAAUCGAUCUGGAUUAUGCCUCGAUGUCACUGCUGGUGGAAACGCUGGUCCAUCACAUUACGACUCCGAACGAGCACAUUCAUCCUUCCACGAGUGUGUUCUACAUCUUCAAGCUGAAGGAGUACAUCCUGCAGCAAAUCGGGGUACCUUCGAUGAACGUCUGCAACACCUUCGUCGUUCAAUGCACCAAACUGCUGAGCUAUAUCGCUUCGCUGCCCCUGGAACGGUACGAGCCGAACGAGGAUGCUUACGGUAUCGUAUCGGAAAUGAUGGGUUCGACCGUUUUCCAUCAGCACCUGCAGAAACCGCCCUCGCAGAAUUAUCACGCCGUACUGACCAGUUUGCGAAUGUUUCAAGCAUUCGCUUCGCUCUUUCUGGAGUUUACUCCGAUGUCGCCGUACCGGCUGCAGGAGAAAAUAUCGACCACCACCGAAAUCAGCAGCUACUUGCUACCCAUGGAGGCCGAUACCUUCUACGAUAUGAUUUACACCGUGGAACACCUGCUGACAUCGGAUUUCGAUGACGUCCGUUCGAUUGCGCUGAAGUUGCUGUACAAUCGAAACACUGCCUUCCAUUACGGGCCGGCACUGCAAGCAAAACUGUCACUCAUCUAUUCGUAUCGCACAACAUCCGCCAUUCUGGAAGCGAUGAACAGCUUUUUCGACGAAUCUCACACGGCCCUGCUGACGUCGUUGCGCGAUCACGACCGGGAUCUGUUUGCGAUGAUGAAAAAUGACUAUCAGCUUUACCAGCAGAUCGACGGCAUCACGGAAGCCUUCUUCGGUUACGAAGAGUCCCGAACGCUCGGGGUGUUGGGAAGGAUCCGGUCGUUUCCGGGGAUGUUGCUGCUGGUGAAUCGCGUGGUGGAGUUCAUUCUGCGAUCGAUGAACUGUGCCAAAACGGACCGGCAACGGCGGGACAUGAUCGGUUCCAGUUUCGAAAUUAUGGACAACAGUUUGCAGCUUCUGUUGGAUCGAUCCUCCCAACGGUCGACCAAUCUGGCGGCCGAUAAGAAAACGAUGCUGAAAAUGCUCUGGAAAGCACUACGAUCGGCCGCUUGUUUCGUGGAGAAUUUUGCCACCUGGGUGCUGGAUAACUAUCGCGGUCGGUUGGACGUGAUUCAGCAGCUGUCGAUCUGUUUGCGUGUGUUUGUGCUGAUUUCGUUGAAUUGCUGCCACCGGGGAGCGAUCGAAGCCACUGGAGUUUAUUUCGGUCGGAUCAUUCGGAAAAUUGCCGCCCUGAAAGGACGGCUCGUCGUUCGGAACGAUCAUCGCAAUCGCCAGGCUCGAUUGAUUGUGGAUUUGUGCGAACGAAUGUUCCGGGCGUUGAUCAGACUCAAUCUGCAGGAUGAAGAUUUUCGACGGUGUCGAGGCUACCUUUGGUUGAUUCACAAUUUCAUCAAAAACGAUUCCUACUGCAACGAUGAACGCUCAUAUCUCCGAAUCUAUCUCAGCGAACAGCGGCUGCUGCUGAACAAUGGCCAAACGAGUGAAUCGUUGGCCAAAAUUUCCAUCAUUCAGCUGCAUCAAUUGAAUUUGCUGGUUCGGGAAGCAUCCAUGAAUGAAACCGUUCUGGAGUACAUCGAUGACCUGAUGAUAAUUGCACUGGAAAGAUUCAAAUCGACGGAUUGGCCCACGAGGAAUGCUGCUCUGCAGCUGUACUCUUCGAUUGUGACGAAGCUCGUCGGCCAGAGGCAGCAGUGUUCGGAUCCAAAGUGCGACUGGUUGCCCGUCUAUGUGUCCUUGAAUGAGUUGAUCUACAAAUUGGUGAAAUCCAACAAGUACAUUUUGAAGGAACUUCGGAAUGGCGAUCAAUCGUCGACGCCCUUUCUGAUUCUAGUAUUGGAAUUUCUCUCCAAGGUAGAAUACCGUGCCUACAACGUACCGGGCCAGAAGUCGAUCGUGAUCGAUUACCGAACGCUAAUGUGGCGCUACCUGAACCACGAAAACGAUCAGGUCCGACGGUUGGCGGCAACGUGCUUCACACAGUUACAUGAUCCACACGAGGAAACCGGCAAGCUAAUGGAAAAUUUAAUCAUCUGCUUUUACACUGCCCGGGGAAACGAAAAUUUCCGGCACGGUUUGCUGCAGGUUAUACACUUCAUGAUCAGGAAACAUGUGACCAAUGCUCGCUACAUGGGCGAAGGCUUCCAGAAGGAAGAAUAUCUAGCCCGGGUGAGACAGUUGCUGGUCCGGUACUGGCCGUUGGACGAUGGCAAGGUGGGCAGCUAUCGGUUGCGAUGCCACCUGCUGGACCUACUGCUCUAUCUUGGUUUCGACAAGAUGGAACCGAUCGUAGUGGAGCAGGUAUUCAGCAAACUGGCACCGAACAGUUUCGGGCUGAAUGUGUUUUUGAUGCGAACCAACGCGCUGUACAACAAAAGUGCACAGAAGGAGGCUAAUGAUUGUGCGAUGGAGUACGAAGUGGUGAUUGCCGGCGAGGAAAAAGACGAUGAGAUUGAGGAGGAUUAGCUGGAUGACUGAAACUACGAGUCGUUUUUUCGUAGUCGGUUGUCUGAAAAACAGUUCUGUUUUUCGAAGUAUUAAUGAAUAAAUUUUAUUUUACGAACGAUGAUAAAA